AUGAAAAAUUUAAAAGAAUGUUUAUCUUCUGAGGGAAGUUAUAAAAACAUAAAACGAUUUAAAGAAAAUAUAUAGGAUGAGUAAUUGAUUUAAAAUAAUCUUAGGGAUACUUUGAACUAAGUAAUUGAGACAUUGGAGGACAUUUUUCAAAGUCCGAAAUCUCAACCGAUAUAAUUAGUGCUUGCUAUGAGAGUAAGUCUGUUGGUAUGUUUAGCUGAGCAGUUGACAAAAGAACUCAUGGAUCUACAUUAUGAUUGUGUUGUGUAUUCUGUGACCAGCAACAUUAUUUAUAUGAUUGAGGAUAUUAUCAUGGCAGAUUUAAAGAAAAACGAGAGAGGCAAAUUUUAUUUCAGUGAUUAACCAGGUACAUCUAAAUAUUACUUAGAUUAAUCCCUUUUAUUGCUUGGAAAUACAUUAAUACGAUUAGCACUUGAAAGCAUUUUUGUAUGGAACCUAUGGCACCCAAAUAAUUUAGCCAUUACUCAAGUGUAAAUUGAUAUGCUCUUAUUGUAGUUAUUAAAGAUUAAUUGACCAAGGUGUCUAGUUCCCAAAAUUGCACUAUUUUAAUGCUCAGAAAGUCAAAGAAUACUAUUUAACUGUCAAAGAGAGCUCAAAGAAUGGUACUCUCUAUAGAAAGCAAUCCUUAAUGUUGAAUGAUCAAUAUUUUGAUCAACUCAAAUAGAAGAUAGAGAAGAAUCAGUACAAUAACAUUAAAUUGCACGAAAUCAAUGAGGAAUUAAAAUGUAAUUAAAUUCUAAGAAAUCUAGAGAUUAAGCAUGUAAAUGAAAAUUAGAAAUAAUUCAUUGAGAACUUCAAUAAGGCUUACAAGGACUAUCUAGUAAAUAAUAAAUUAGACGAGUUCAACAAUUAAGUUUAAUCAAUGUAUGCGUAUUAUUAAAUUAAGUUGCUUAGAAUAUGAUGAAUUGUCAAGCCAAAAGAAACAGAGUAAGAAACUAAUCAAUUAUUUUUAGAUAGCGCAAUCUAAUUAUGUACAUAUUCAACGGAUAAGCAAAGUAAUCAAUUUUCAAGAAGUAUAAGUGUAAUAUAUAUAUUUUAAUAAUCAUAGUCCUAAAAUUCUUAACAGAAGAAUGGUAGCAAUAAUAAACAACAAUCAAUUGAACAACUACUACAUGAAAAUGAGUUGAUUUAGGCAUAAAUACAAAGCUUUGAAAUUCCAAAAGUCAAUAGUCAUAUAUAGAAUAUAGACAUGUGA